GAUAUAUAUACUUCAUUACAGAGUACUCUGCAAAUCUGGAUAGAGUAUAGUGAUACACUCUUCAAAAUACAGAACAUUGUGAAGAACAAAUAAAUUAAUGGAAAAAAGAGUCAGGAUCUUCAGAUUAUUUGAAAGUCCAAGAAUGAUAAUUAUGAUCUUGGGGUUUCUGGUGGGUCUUAGUAUUGCACAAGCUUUAGGUGAUCAACAGAUUUAUCAAAACAAAGCCUUGUUAAAUCGAACUUCUUUUCCACAUGGUUUCAUUUUUGGGGUUGCAUCUUCGGCUUACCAGUAUGAAGGUGCAGUGAAGGAGGAUGGUAAAGGUCCUAGCAUAUGGGAUACUUAUGCUCAUACAUUCCCAGAUAAAAUUAAGGAUCAUAGCAAUGGAGAUGUUGCUGAAGAUUCUUAUCAUCGGUAUAAGGAAGAUGUAAAGCUCAUCAAAGAAAUGGGAUUAGAUGCUUAUAGAUUUUCAAUUUCAUGGCCCAGGUUAUUACCAAAAGGUAAGCUUAGUGGAGGUGUCAAUGGGAAUGGAAUUAGAUACUACAAUAACGUCAUUAAUGAGCUACUUAAAUUUGGAAUAAAGCCUUUUGUGACUCUUUUACAUGGCGAUCUUCCUCAAGCUUUAGAAGAUGAUUAUGGAGGUUUCUUAAGUACAAGUAUAAUAAAUGAUUUUAGAGACUAUGCCGAGCUAUGUUACAAAGAAUUUGGGGAUAGAGUUAAGCAUUGGAUGACAAUAAAUGAGCCACUUUAUUACGACUUAAUAGGUUAUGCAGUUGGACAAGGCCCACCGGGCCGAUGUUCAAAGUGGCUUAAUCUCAAUUGCACUGGUGGUGAUUCUGGAACUGAGCCUUACAUUGUUGCUCACAACCUACUUAUUGCUCAUGCAGCCGCUGCCAACUUAUAUAAACAAAACUAUCAGGCAUCUCAAAAGGGUAAAAUUGGGAUAGUGUUGGCAACAAAUUGGUACGUGCCUUUAUCGAAUUCUAAGCAGGAUCGCGACGCUACUCAACGAGCACUUGAUUUCACAAUUGGAUGGUUCAUGGACCCUUUGACAAGAGGAAAAUAUCCACAAAGCAUGAGUUAUUUAGUCAAGGAUAGAUUGCCAAAGUUCACAAAGGAGCAAUCAAUGAUGAUAAAAGGUUCAUAUGAUUUUCUAGGACUUAAUUAUUACACAGCGUCAUAUGUGGCUAAUGUUCCAUCAUCAACCAAUGGCUCAAGAUUUAGUUACCUUUCCGAUUGGCAUGGUACCUAUACAAAUGAACGUCAUGGAAUUCCCAUCGGUGACAAAGUUGCUUCUGAUGGAUUUAACAUUUAUCCCAGAGGAAUAAGGGACCUUUUGCUUUACAUGAAUAAAAAGUACAAAAAACAAGUGAUAUAUAUUACCGAAAAUGGUAUUGGUGAACAAAAUAAUGCCUCAUUAUCACUCAAAGAGGCCCUAGAUGACACAAUAAGGAUAAACUACCAUCACCAUCAUUUGCAUUUCCUAAGAGAAACUAUUUUAAGUGGUGUUGAUGUAAGGGGAUACUUUGCAUGGUCAUUGCUGGAUAACUUCGAAUGGGGUUUAGGUUACACAAUCAGAUACGGGCUACACUUUGUCAAUUUUCGUAAUGGGUUGCAAAGAUACCCUAAAAGCUCUGCUUUGUGGUUCAAAAAUCUCUGUAAAAAACAGACCAUAUAAUCUGAUUUCUUACUGCUCUUUUGGCUGUUAAUCACUCUUAUUAUAAGCCAAUGUGUACCAAAAUCAACUUAAUUAAUAAGCCUUUUGUAUCUGUUAAAACAAGUGUCAAUAUUCAUAUGAAUGACGUUAAUUUUGAACAUUUAAUCGAA